UCUGAUUUCUGAUGGUUCAGCCUCCAUUUCCACUUGGACAUUGUUGUUGAAUGGAAUCAAAAAUCAACGGGAUAAGUUAGUGGAGUGCUGUGGCUACAUUUCAGUCCAAGAUCUUUGGUGUUCCUGAUGAAAAACAUGCAGGGAUCCUGCCAGGGAUGCCACUGUUUUACGGCUGACAGAACCCCAAAGCCUCCAGCCCACUCGAAUUUCAGUCUCCCUCAUUGGCUGCCAUUGUCGGGUUACGGCAUAUGUGUGUGUGUGUUGUGAUUGGCCCUUGCCCGGCUGUGUGAGACAGCGCCGGGUGACAUCUCUGUGUUAAUCUCUCAUUUCUCGUUGUGAUUUUCUCUCCCCGGGUCCCACUGACAGCUCUGAGGGAUCCUACCUGUGGAAAUGCUUUUAUAAAUUAACGUUGGUAGUUACACCAACACUAGUUUGCAGGCUGCAUGGUAAUCCUGACUUGAUGCAUGGCAGUUGCAUGACAGCGGCGCUUCUUCUUGUGCGACUGAGAACACGCGGCGGCGGCGGCGGCCAUGGCCCAAACCCUGCAGGCUAAUGGCAGUGCCCCAGAGCGAGGACAAAGAUGCUCGGACACGGAGGGCAAGGAUUCUGUGGAUCCAUACUAUGUUGAGACUCCAUAUGGUUACCAGCUGGACCUGGACUUCCUCAAAUAUGUCGACGACAUUGAGCGGGGCAACACCAUUAAGAAGCUGAGUAUCCAGAGGAAACCCAAACUGGCCAAAUCCUGGGCCGGGCCGCGGGGCAGCACCGGCGGAGGAGCUCAUCCUGAAUGGACCUCCACAGACUCCCUGUCUUCCUCCAACAGUGACGGUAAACAGUCCCCGGUCUUCUACACCUCCAGGUCGCAGGUGGCCACGCCACUGACCCCCACGCUGACCAGGGUCGCCUGCGAGGCCCCACACCAGCCGACCUACAUCACCGAGUCAAAGCAGCUGCUGCCCCCACCUUCCCCAAGGUUGGUCUCCCAUCGGAACCCUCAAGUGGAGAAGACACUGAUGGAGACGCGACUGCGACUUGAGCAGGAGCGCCUGCUCUUGCAGCCUCAUUGUGAGCCGCCCAUGCCGCGUCGGCGCCUGGCCAGCUUCGGUGGGAUGGGCUCCAGCAGCUCGCUCUCCUCUUACUCCGGCUCGGUGGCCAUGAGCCAGAUCUCACCCAGCAACCUGCAGCCCCUACCCAUUAAUGGCCACUUCUCCAAUGGAGAAUACAACCCCUACUACCCUGCGUCGAUGGGCGGCUCUUUGCGCCACAGUCCCAUGAGCUCCGGCGUGGCGACGCCAGUGACCAACGUCAGCCCGCUGCAUCUGCAUCAGAUCCGGGAGCAGAUGGUGGUGGCUCUUAAGAGGCUGAAGGAGUUGGAGGAGCAGGUGAAAACCAUUCCCAUCCUGCAAGUUAAAAUCGCUGUUCUCCAGGAGGAGAAAAGACAGCUAGCUUCGCAGUCGAAGAACCAGUUCCCCGCUAGUUUUCGUAAACGCUCUUACAGCGUGGGCAGUGCUGACCAAAUGGAAAACCCGGCACCCAUCCAGAAGGAAACAGAACUGCACAUCAUCGAGCCAGAAACCCAGAAGCAGAGCACCCAGCAGUUGGAGGAGUUUAGGCGUCUGGCUGCUGAGGUCCAGGCUCUGCAGAAGACCACGCUGGACAAUGGUGUGUUUGAGACGCCGCCUCCCUCCAACCAGGCCCACCAAAAGUCUAUUGGUGUGGUGACUGAUGAGAACAUGAACAAUCUAGCCGUCAGUGGGACGAAAGACCUUUGCGUGCGAGAUAAAGGAGUUGGAACAGAGUGCAAGGAAACUCGCAGCGCCGAGGUUGGUGUGAACGAGGCCAUGCUCGGAGUGACCACCGAGGCGGAGAAGGAGAUCGAGCUGCAGCACCAAACCAUAGAUGGACUCAAGGAGAAGAUCUACCGCCUGGAGGUUCAGCUGAAGGAAACCACGCACCAAAUGGAAAUGAGCAAGUUGAAGCUGGAGCUCCAUGCAGCUGGCGGCUCCAACAAGAAAAGGGCAGACAAAGGUGUGAUGGUCCGGCCUGAGAUGUACAGCGCCUGUGUGGAGGCCAGAGUCCAGGUCCGUAGCCAAGGAGUGGGUGAAGACAUGGAGGUCAGCCAGAGACCAAAGCCUCAGCAGUCUAAAGGAGUUUCCUGUCAGCCCAGCAUGAAGAGCGUUGCUGCAGGCCCGGAGCUGCCUCUGGACCAGUGGGUUGUUUGUCAGCGACUGGAGGUCACCGACAAGUGUGUGGGGGGGCAUGUGACAAUGGUCCACCAGCAUGUAGGCACAGAGGUCGACAUCUGUGAGGCGGGAGUCAACACGGUCGAGACAGUUGACACUCUGGCGCUCUGCAAACCCAUGAAAGAGCUGAGCAAAGAGUCCAGGACGGUGGGCUGUGGAGAUUGUUCGGUGGACGUCGUCGUCACUCCAGUAAAGACAAUGGUGUCGCGAGGGACUGAACCCGCUCCGGUCAGCCAAGUGGACUCUGCAGUCAUGGUUUCUCCUGAGUCAGCGACUCAGGAAACAAAUACUGAGAGAUUGGUAGAGAGCAAAUCCACCAACACCAGACGCACCGUUCUGGUGGACUCUUCCACGGACGUGCUGCUGACCACCAGUGACAAACACACCAACACACCCGGGACCGAGACCAGGACCCUGGCUGUCGGGGAGGGACUGGUCAAGGACGUCCAGUCAACAGCUAAGCUGCGUUCUGUUGCUGUCGGGACCACCACCGACAUGGACCCCCUCCUCCUUGCUGCCAACCCAACCAAAACCAGGGAGUGUGGAGUCGGACCGCUCAACAUUAACGACAACUUCUUGGUUGGAUUGAAAACCAGGAACAUGGCGUGCGGCCCGUCCCCGGUGCCUGAUGUGGCCGCGUGCAGCAAAGAGACGGUGGAAGACAAGACGGAGCCUCAAGAGGCCGCCAGGCUGGACCACUACAUCGAGCGAGUCCAGAAGCUGCUGCAGGAGCAACAGAUGCUGCUGGCGGAGAACUACAGUGAGCUGGCCGAGGCUUUUGGCCAGCCCCAGUCCCAGUUCGGCUCCAUCAACAGUCAGCUGGUCAGCACCCUCACCUCCAUCAACACCGUCAUGAAGUGUGGCAGCGCAGAGGACAUCUUGAAGCUGCAGGCCGAGUCAGGCGGAGAGAGCAGCCAACAGCGCUUGGAGUCUCCCAGGGUUCGACCCGACUCUCUGCAGCUGGAGAACAACACCACUGCGGCACAGCAACAGAUCAGUGCUGCUGAACAGAAGAGCCGCAUGGACCUGCAGAUGUCCACAGCACUACACGGACAGCCAAGCAGUCAGGCGCUGAAGUCCAUAAUGAAGAAGAAAGAUGGAAGUCAGGACUCAAACGGCACCAAGAAGAACCUGCAGUUUGUUGGCGUGAACGGAGGUUACGAAACUACGUCGAGUGACGAGUCCAGCUCGGAGGAGAGCAGCUCCUCGGGGUCAGACGAUGAGGAUGAGGAGGGGGCAGAGGAGAAGAAUGUGGAGGAGGAAAAUGUUGUGGCUGUGGCAGAAGGAGCAGAGGAAGUGACCAGGCAGGAAAGUCCGGAGAAGCAGGAGACCAGAGAGAGGUUUGAGCUAAGUGAGAAGAUGCUGGCGGCGUGCAACGUUCUCAAAAGUCACCUCAGCGACCCGAAGACAGUGAGCAGCAAAGACCUGCGAGCCAGUCUGAACACGGUGCAGCAUGAGUGGUUCCGAGUCUCCAGUCAGAAGUCGGCCUUGGCUGGGAUGGUUGAGGACUACCUGGAGGGUUUCAGGUCCGUGUCUGACGCCGUGCUGCGGCACGUCGUCAACAUGGCCGAUGGGAAUGGCAACACAGCGCUGCACUACAGCGUCUCGCACUCCAACUUCCUGGUGGUGAAGAAGCUGCUGGAUGCGGAUGUGUGUAACGUCAACCAGCAGAACAAGGCGGGAUACACACCCAUCAUGCUGGCAGCGCUGGCCGCCGUGGAGACACCCACGGACAUGCAGAUCGUGGAGGAGCUCUUCAGUAAGGGCGACGUGAACGCCCGAGCCAGUCAGGCGGGUCAGACGGGGCUGAUGCUGGCGGUCAGUCACGGCAGGAUGGACAUGGUCCGGGCGCUCCUGGCCCACAGCGCCGACGUCAACAUCCAGGACGACGAGGGCUCGACGGCCUUGAUGUGCGCCAGUGAACACGGACACGUGGAGAUCGUCAAGCUGCUGCUGGCUCAGCCGGGCUGCGACGCCACACUCAGCGACAGCGAUGAGAGUAACGCUCUGUCCAUCGCUCUGGAGGCAGGACACAAGGACAUCGCCGUGCUGCUCUACGCGCACGUCAACUUUUCUAAAGCUCAGUCUCCAGGGACUCCACGACUCGGCAGGAAGACGUCACCGAGUCCCACCCGGAGGGGCAUGUUCGAUUAGACGCCGCCUCUGCUCACAACCCUGCGCUGCUACUGGAACAUCAUUAACACGUCUACAUAUCUGGACUAUCUUAACUUGCAACCUCGUCGAGUCCCAAGUGCCUUCAGUUAAGAAUGUAACCGGCUGGUGCCUCCAGACUCACAACUUCUUUACUGUUAUUCCCCUCCCCUCACUCUCUAGAGCUCAUGGCUCAUCAACUUUUUUUUUUUUUUUUUUAAUCCUCGGCCUCGGAGGAAACACGCUGUAUAUUUGACUGGUGAAGUUGUAGAGCAGAGAAGUUGUACUUUUAUACGAAUCCUAUAUAUUUAAAGAACCGCAGUAUUGAGCGUUACCUACUAAACCAUUCAUGAAGUUCUAUAUUUAUCAAGUGUAUUUCCCUGGUGUUUAUCUGUGUACAUACGUCUGUCUGCCUCCUCUCUGUGUCUGCUGGUGCGCAGGACGCCGACGUUCACGGGACAAAUGACGUGUCUGCUGCUUUCAGCCGUUUAAUAAAGUUCUUUCACCAGAUUGUUACCUUGUGAAUCUCUGUGUAACAAC